UGUUAUGGCGACCAAAAGCUUUAUCAAUCUGGAUGGCAACAAAAUAGUGGAUUUAUCAAACUAAUUGAAAAUUACGGGUUGCGGUUAGAUGCCAACGUGGUGGUGAUAUAGGUUGUAGGCUUAGUUCAGGAGUGUUCACAACGUACGCCGACCGUGCACAGCACUGCUUCUGAGUCUCACGUUGGACGUGGCUUGGUCCCAACCACAUGAUAAUAAUUAAUCUCAUUGAUAAUCAUGACAGACCAUGGCAGACAAGAAGAUGCAGCAGAUAUGGAAGAUGGAGGACCAGGCGCGGUGUAUCAGAUAUUUGUCACAAUGGAGGAGCUCCAGGAAAAGCUAAAAAUAUUAAAUUAUGAGACCGAAGUGACUAAAAACAGGCAUAUUGGUCUGAAACCAAUUUCAAAACACUAUUUUGUCAUACAGACAAAUCCUGGAGAGCAGUUCUUUAUGUUUGUUUCGAUUGCGGCCAUGUUGAUACGAAUGUGUGGAAAGCAGUUUCCACAGCCAUCAGAAGAUGAUGAUCCUAAUAAUCUAAUAGCUGACAUUCUUGCGGAACUGCGAAAUCUUGGUCAUAGUAUUUCAUUCUCCCCCAGCAAGUUGAAGUCAGGAUAUGGAGAGUUGGUGGUGCAGGUGUUAGACAAACUAGCAAAUGAAGCCCUCAAACUAAGUAACCACACCUGGAAACAGCCUGUGUAUCCAACAGAAGAAGCAGAAGAGGAGAUUGUUACAGGUGAUGAUGCAGAAGUUACACUCAACAAGGUGGAAGAGGAGAUGGCAGAAGAGGAAGACUUGGAAGAAGAAGAGAGUAUUCUUGACUUGAAUGCGUUACGAGGUUUGAACCAGGCAAACGACAUGGAUCACAAUAAGCCAGAGGAGAUUCUCGAGUCGGUCACAGAUGCUGCAGAGUGGAAGCUGGAGGUGGAGAGGGUGUUGCCGUCACUGAAAGUUCACAUUCGCACCGACAAUAAGGACUGGAGGAGUCAUUUAGAGCAGAUGCACCAGCAUAGGGACGGUAUAGAGAGCACACUCGCAGAAACGAAGGGCUAUCUAGACAAGCUGCACUCGGAGAUUAGCCGCACACUGGAGAAGAUUUCGAGUCGUGAGAAGUACAUCAACACGCAGCUUGAGCACUUUCUGCUGGAAUACAGGACUCUGCAGGACAAGCUGGCCGAAACGAAGGAGAAAUAUCGACAGGCUAGCGGUGGCGUGACUGAACGCAACCAGACACUGCAGGAGAUCACUGAGGAGCUGGAGCGGGUCAAGCAAGACAUGGAAGAGAGGGGUACGUAUGAUGCAUCGCCCUGUGACAGGACUGAAAUUAACAAUCGCACAGAUGAGAUGGAAUCUAACGAAUCUCGCUCAGCAGAUAUGAAAACCGAACUUUCUGAUGAUGAAAUGCGACAGUCGACGACCAUUGAAGACGACAGAAUAUCGACCGAUGACGACUCCUCUGCAUCUCCUCUGGUCAUCGACAUAGAAGUAGCGAAACGCGCUGCGGCAAAGAUGGCCACGUUCCCGGAGAAGCUGUGGACAAUGCUGUCGUACAAGAAGGACGGCUCUAGAGAACGAUGUCUUCGCUGGAGCAGCUCUGGCCGUUACGUCGUCAUAGACGUCGAUGCUUUCGAAAAGAUGUCCACGAAGGACUUCCCUGCCGAACUCGUCGGCAGCGGAAAACUGAUUACCUUCGUACGAAAGAUGUACUUGUACGGCUUUAAAAAGAUGGCGGAAGAAAUCAGCGUCGGGCACGACGCACGGGCCAAUAAGAAACGCUACCGAGAACUGAAGACAGCUGUCACUCUCGCUAUCGUUGUCAUCGUUUACGUGCUGAGCUGGGCACCGAUGAUAAUCAUACGAUUCCUCAACUUUAUAUAUGCAGGCGAUCACAGGUACGAUGUUCUCGUGCCGGCAACUAUUGCCACCUGUAACAGCUUCUGCAACCCCUUCAUCUACGCACUGCGUAGCGCCAAGUUCCGCAGGGCGUACAGGCGGGUGCUCUGCUGCGGUACAGACCGCUGCAAACCGGACAGCGACACGCAAGUGUUCAGCAUGGACGCUACCGAUUCCUAGACGCGAGGCUUAUAGACCAAAAAAAAGUGUGACCUAAUUUUUUUUCCUUAUGAUCUGACGUUAUUCUAGGAAUAGCGUCGUCAUAGCCCGAUUAAACGCAAUAUUUUGAAUAGCGUCAGAUCAUGUUAACUCCUACGGUACAAUUUAUUCGUCGAAGGUGGCACGCAGCAGUAGCCUUCCGCCUAUUGUUCACUACUAUAAUUGUACACUGCCCCUGUAAGAAAGCAGUUUCUCCAUUAUUGUGCGGUAAUAUUCGGCAUUAGAGUGUAGUAAUCCGCAUUGUACACGUCGGCUAGAUGCCUCAUAGAAGUAUAGAAAACAUGAAAAGUGAAUUUGGUUUUGUGGAAAUACCGUGUAAUUCUGCCAAGCGAUGUAGCCACUGUGUUUACGUGUGACCAGCGUGAAUUUAUGAGAAAUGUACAUCACGUUGCUUGCAAAAUUUUCGAGCAAAGUUUGGAUUUUUAAUCCGUAGACAUUGCGUAUGCAUAAAGCCAUCUUACGUAUUUAGUAAAGUAUUUAGAAGUUUGUUUAAGUAAUUGUUGUGUCACGCGUAUUCCAGCCUAUGAUAUCUAUAAUAAAUUAUCCGAAGUAGUUCCGAC